GAUACCCCCACAUCCCACAUGAGCAUCUCAGUAAGCAGUAGGUAGUACUGUAGGAGAAACGCUACACGAACCUACGACUCGUUUGGAGGGGAAAAUCGUUGAAAAUCAUCGAAAUGACAAAAGAUAGCGCUCUGAACAUUCAAAGAGGCUUCAACUUUGACAAUUUUCAAAGAAAUGCCGCGUUAGAAAAUCGCGGAGUCCCUAUGCCAAAGGCGACCUCGACGGGUACUACUAUUGUUGGUUUGAUUGCAAAAGACUGCCUUGUUCUGGGCGCCGAUACGCGUGCUACCGCUGGUCCUACCAUUGCUGACAAAAACUGUGAAAAAUUACAUUACAUCUCGCCUAAUAUCUGGUGCGCUGGUGCUGGUACGGCCGCUGAUACUGAAUUUGUUACGGCCUUAACCUCUUCCAAUGUUGAAUUGCAUUCUAUGUAUGUCAACCGCAAGCCUCGUGUUAUUACGGCUCUUACCCUCUUGAAACAACAUCUCUUCCGCUAUCAAGGUCACAUUGGUGCCUACUUGGUACUCGGCGGUUAUGACUGUCAAGGUCCUCACUUGUUUACAAUCGCUGCCCACGGUUCCAGUGAUAAGCUUCCAUACGUUGCUUUGGGAUCCGGUAGUCUUGCAGCCAUUUCUGUGCUCGAGACAAAGUACCGGCCCGACAUGGAGCGCAAGGAAGCUAUGGAGCUUGUCCGUGAGGCCAUUGAAGCUGGUAUCUUCAAUGACUUGGGUUCUGGUUCCAACUGUGAUCUUGUUGUCAUUGAUGAAGAAAAGACCACACCUUACCGUGGUUACACGAAGCCAAACCCUCGCUUGCAAAAGAAACAAAACUACAAGUUUGCUCGUGGUACCACGGCCAUUCUCAAAGAAGAAAUGCACAAGUUUGUCACUGUGCACGAGCUUGACGAAAUGCAAGUUGAUGCUUAAUACAGUUUAUGAAAUGCGUCUGAUGACAUGAAGAACAACAUUCCCGUAGAACCUGCUUUGCCGGACGAUUUCUUGUAUACUGGCCUUCGUAUAUACGACCAACGGAAGCGAGUUAGUUGCGGAGCUUAAUUGCGAUAAAGCUCGUCGAUCAUCUCGUUUAGAUAACUUUAAUUGUGCUCCUAAAACGAUGUGUGCUGUUCUCGUAGAAAAAUUAAAUGAAAAUAGGAAUUAAGUAAUCCACAAGUUGCCUCCGUGAUUUGACAAA